AUGCCGUCUUCAGCUGGUUCCUCGCCCGAAAGGGAUGGAACUGCUAAUGAACCAGCUCCCGAGAGUCCUGAGGCAGCUCCAGAAAGUCCUCAAGCCGCUCCAGAACCCGAAGGAAACGAGGAUGCGGCUUCAGAAGAUAGAGUAGGAUCUCCAGCAGCUGGAAGUUUAUCCAAUCACUCGGACGAAGACGAUUCUCCCAAGAAAUCCAAGAAGGUUAACGCUUCGAAUGAUGAGGGAGAGGUUGGAGAUCAUUCUACCACGGAUAAAUUUUUAACAGACUCGGAGGACGAACAGGAUGAAGACGAUUCGCCUAAAAAGUAAGAAUUUUAUUAUUUUUGUUGACAUUUAGGUACACAGAAGGAAAAACCUCUGAAAAUGGCUGCUUCCUGCUCUUGAAGCCGUUCUUCUACUCCUUUGUUUAAAUUUACGUUGUUUUUUUUAUCAAAUUAUAUUAUACAUGGUUUAGAAAGAGGAAGGCAGUUUUGUCGGAUGAGGAGGAGGACGAUACAGAUAAACCCGAGAUUAAACACCAGGUGGUAACUCAAGACAGCGAUGACGAAGAUGCGAAUAAAGGAAAUGACGACAGCGACGACGAACUGAUAAUUAAAAAGAAGAAGAAGGCAGUUGAUAGUGAUGAUGAGGACGAAGAAUUAACCCUGAAGAAGGACAAGAAGUAAGUCCUUGCCAUUUGUUUGAUGUUUCUUCUAUGUCUAGGACAAUCUUAAGUUAUGGAAUUAUGUUUUUGUUGUUUUAGAAAGAAGCACGAGGAUUUAUUUGGCUCAUCUAGUUCGGACGAAUCCGAUGAUGAUGAUGAGACCACUAAAAAGUUGAUGGAUGAUAUUUUUGGUGAAGAAGGUGAUGAUGACGACGCCACUGAUAAGAAUAAAGUAAGUUUUUACUUAUGUUUUGUUGUUCUUAGAUUUAGGUUUCACGAAUUUGAAGUAUCUGCUAGAUUUUGUAUUAUUCUUGGCCAGAGCAUGCAUAAUAUAUUUCUGAUGUAAAAAUUUUAAUUUCCCAGGAUUCCCGCCGUGAAGAACGUCAAACAGCUGCUUCAGACAGCGACGACGACGACAAUCGUCGGGUUCGCGAAGAACGUGAUCGUUCCGGCGACGAGGACGAUGAUCGGCCGACUCAUCGCUGGGACUUCGAUGAAAUGAUGGCCAAGAAGAAGGCCGAACGUCGUCGCUCGACCAAGAGAAAACAUCGAGAUGGCGGGAUCGACCUCAUUUCGGACAAUGAUGAACAAAUCAAGAACCUUGUCGAUCAAAUGGCUCGAGCCGCAAAUGCCGAUCGGGUUUCGAAUGAAAAUCGACAACCUGCCUUCCAGAAACAGAAGUUGUUACCGGUUGUCAAGAGAACGUUGAUGAAAAGUGAUUUGUUCGAAGCGCUGUUGGACAAUGGAAUGAUGUCGGCACUGUCGGAUUGGCUGGCCCCUCUGCCGGACAAAAGUUUGCCGUCUUUGGAGAUUCGAACCACUUUCUUGAAGAUUUUGGAAAGUUACCCCAGACUCGAACAGGGCAUUUUGAGACAGUCGGGACUGGGAAAGGCUGUCAUGUUGCUCUUCAAACACCCCAAAGAAAUCAAGGAGAACAAAGUUAGAGCUGCGAAAUUGAUUCGUGAUUGGUCUAGACCUAUUUUUCAGGUUAGGUUUGAAGAAACUUUUUAUCAACUUCGGGCUGUUUUUUACAUAUUGUAUGAUCAUUUUGCAUUUUUUUUCAGCUGGAUACGAAUUAUACGGCAAUGACAAGAGAAGAACGCUUCGAACUGGACUAUAUUCACGCCAAGUCGGCGAAGAAGAGGUAUGAUUUUUUGGAAGGUUUGAAGGACUUAUAUUGUACUUGAAGCGUAGGCCUAUUUUCGGUUGUUCUGUCCUGGGGUUUUGGUUUUUGUUGAUAAAAUUGAAGUUGGAAGGGAGACAGCGGCUUAGAGAAGCUGUUGGAGUCCAAAUUUUAUUAGGAGAUAUUAAAUAUUUGACGUUAUAUUAUACUUGACAUCAAGUAUAAGAUAGCCGUUUUUUCUAUGUGAAGCGGAGGUUAUAUUGGGUUGAAUAACUGUUUUUAGAUAGAAUUAGGCCUGCCAAAUUGCUAGGUUUGCAGGAUUUUUUAUUUCAUUUGAUAAGCAUUGUUCUAUACUUUAAUUUUUUUUUUUAUUUCUACCCAUUUCCAGAAGAGAAGAUCCCGAAGAGUCUGCAGGUCCGUCGAAGCGAAACCGAGCCAUGGAUCUGGACGAUUUGGACGACGAAACUGUGAAUCCAGGCGAAGUCGGCUUCAUUUCUCGCGCUCGGGUCCCAAAACCGUCAAUGAAAGCGUACGUGAAUCGGCCCAAGUCGAAUGUGGAAGGACAAUUCCAUGGGGCCACCAAGUCCCGCCAAGCCACCCGAUUUGACAUGGCUCAACGCGAAUUCAAGGAGCGAACCAAGACGGCGAAAGCUAAGAGAGCUGUGGCUGUUUCAAUCGAAGGACGAAGAAUGGACUUAUAA